AGAAGGCUUGGAAGGUGUGGGAGAAGCAAAGGGGCACAGAGGAGAAGAGAGUGCAGGAGGCGCCGGACUGAAGGCAAGGGGGGCUGGGAAUGCCAGAGGGAGCAAGACUGGACUAGCAAAGGAGACUGGACCAGCCAAGGGAAGACGUGGCAACGAUUCUUUCACAGAUGAAGAUGACUCCCUCAUCAAGACUCUCUACAGUGAAGCUUCAAGACUUAAGGGGGUUCACGGCAGGGGCAGGAGUAAGGGCAUGAGAGGGCGGCUGCCAUUGCUAGAGAAAUUUCCAAGGCUAUGGAAGGGAAGUUUUCAGCUGCCCGGAUUUCCCAGCGCAUCCAGUUUCUGGGGCUGCCCGAAGAGGGAGCGGGUAGGAAGACAAGGAGUGCGAGGAGGAGGCGUGGGAGUGGUGGGCUUGAUGAUAUUCUGAGGGACAUGGACGGAAGUGAGGGAGGAGAGGAGGGAGGAGAGGGGCGAGGAGGGAGAGAAGGGAGAGGAGGAAAGAGAGGAGGAAGAGGAGGAGGGAGAGGAGGAGGAGAGGAAAGAGAGGAGGGAGAGGAGGUAUUGGGGGAGGUUGAGAUAGAGAAGGAAGUGGAGAGCGAGGACGAGGAGAAUGUGCUACUGAGUAAGCGACAGAGAGCCCUGGCUGCUGCUGCUAAAGCGAGGAGAGGGUGCAGGACAGACAGACAGAGGGGCGGAGGAGUUACUAGAGGAGGAGAAGCACGGAGGGAGAGGGAGAUAGGGGGUUUAGAGGGGCCAGAGAGAGUGACGCGGGGCGGUGUGGCCGCUGGUUUUGAAGGGGAUGGCGAUGGUGGUGGUAUGGAGGCAGAAAGAGACGAUUUUGCAAUCAUUGCUGUGGACAGUAGUGGCCGGUGGACAGAUUCUGCAACCAUUAUGGAUGGCACGGGCAUUGGAGCAGGAGCCACAGGCGCUGCUAUGGGAAGAUCUUAUACAGAACGUGGUCUUAUAGAGAGCGGUGCUGCCAGACGUGAUUCUGGUGGAGAGGACGGGUGGAGAUAAGAGAGGAGGCAGUGCGCGAGGGCGUUCAAGCAGUGCUUGCUGAUGACGCCUUUGAUGGUGCAGAAGCCAUCCGAUGGCUGCAAUCGCGCCUGAAAGCAGCCCACGCCAGCUGGACGGACGCGAUCGCUCGAAACAGCUGGCAGCUCCUGCUGAUGGACCGCCCAGAUUCGCUCGGCAGGAAGGGGAAGAAGACAAAGA